AUGACUGUCACUAUUGCAUACAAAGAUAUAAUCUUGUUAUAUGAUAAGUUACGGUUUGAUUUCAAUAAAUUGGCUAUUAUUCGAGGUGGAAGUCUUGUACGAAGUAAAUUAAUAUAUGAAGUAAUCAAGAAACGAGAACAUAAUAAUGGCGUUAUGGAUGACCUUAUGAUCAUUAUAAAUCAGGUGACUGCUGAAAUAAUCAUAUAUUGUGCAAGUAAGCAACAAUGCAUUCAAGUGAUGGAAAUGCUAACGGAAUCUUUGGACGAUGAAAUUCUAAAUAUUUUUUAUGGCAAAAUGGCAGAAACUGAAAAAAAUGCAGCAAUGAAAAAGUGGCUGUCUGGAGAAACAAAGGUCUUGAUCACGACGUCAGCAUUUGGAAUGAGCAUAGAUGUUAAUGAUGUUAGAUUGGUAAUGCAUUAUACAAUGCCAAUGAAUAUGUCUAAUUUCAUCCAGAAAUCUGGACGUGCUGAUAGGAAUGGUGAUGUUGCCAAAAUUGUGAUCUUAUAUUCUGUGAACACUCUAUUCAAUACUCUCAGAAGUGAUUUCACUGAUGCGCAAAAAACAGAUCAAUAUUUAACAUCAGGUCAACAAAAUAUUUUCGAAAUGAUAUUAUUCUGCAUGGAUACAUACAAAUGUCGCUUACAAAUUGUUGCUCACAUAUAUGCGUGGCCAAAUGAAUCAAUACCAGCGGUAUGCGAAAGAUGCGAUAAUUGUUUGAGAUGUUUCCAAGAUACACCAGAGCAACGAAAUAAUUGCAACGAAAUUGAGAAAAUGUUAGAUGUUUUGGGAAUACUAACCACGCAAUUCGCUGAGGAAAUACGACCAACUGAUGUGAUGAAUGUAUUCUGA